AUGCGCGAUGUCACUGGCGCUUACAAGGUCAUGUUAAGGGAUGGAAACUCUGUAGCUGAGCUUGUCCUUAAGGAGCUUGGGGCUGUCUCCUACAAGCGAAACAAGGUACUGAAGAAGAUCCGCAGGAGUAUACGGAACACUAUACUGGAAGAGCCUGCCCAAGAGAUGCGAUCUUUGCCGAACAUCUCCACCAAGUCAACAACUACAGGAGUGACCGCCGGUAAAGAUGGCGCACGAAAAUCGAUCCGCAAACAGGCCAAAGAUGCCCAGACCGAGCUCAAGGGUCUCCACUGUGAGCGCACGAGCGCUCUCGAGGCCUUGAAGCGGCGCAACGAACAGAAUGAGAUAACGGAGCUGGGUGUUGAUCAGGAAGAGGAUCUAGACGUGAAUUCGCUCGAGGAAAAUGACGGCAAGCAACACCCACGGGGUGAGCCGUUGCAUUGGCAGGAUUUACUAAAGGAGGACAUGAAAGUGAACAUUCCUGAUGGGGUUGAGGAAUGCGAUGCAGCUACGAACGAAGUACGUGUAGCAUUCCUGAGGGCAUUCGUCGCGCAUACAAGUCAGGCCAUCUCUGGGUUGAAGUGUUGGCUCUGCCAGUUCGAUCAAAUGAUGUCGCAGGGCGCUAAAGACAAGAAAUGGAACCUUGCGAAACUCGAGAAAUAUGUAAAGGGGAAGGUACACAUGCGCCGCGAGCAGGUUUAUAAGGUCGUUCAACGAGUUGAAGAUUGCCGGAUGCACAGGGAGCGCGUCAUGUCCCUUGUUCCCAAACUGGUCGUACCAGACCGCAGCCGGGUGGCUGGUUCACCUUGA